GUGGAUUGAAGAAAGAUGGAGUCGCUUCGCCCUGAUCGAACCCUUUUAAAUCCCAGUUUUGAAGGCUACAAACUUUCUGUUGACGCUUUGAAUGUCUCUUCUACAGCCUUGCCGUCUGCAGUGACUGAGUUACCUCUAGGAGACGAACUUUUGAUUUCAUUUCAGCACAUGCGAGCCUUUGGAAAUUUGAAUCACUUGGUGUUUGAUUCAUGGACUGAUGGCGGGAAAAACGAGGCUGUUUAUUUUGUGAAUGAAAAUUAUGAAGUGCAAAGAGCCGCGGUCAAAGUGAGUUUUUGUUUGGUAUUGUUUAGAAAAAAACAAUACCCUUAAAAGUGAAGGUUUCAUACCGUACAUUUGUGAAAUAUGAUGUGCUCCUGAAUCAGUGCACGUGUUGUUCUUAUAAUUUGUUUGUUUAAGGCCUUGUUUGUAUGGAGGAAAUCGUCCCUGGUGGAUGGGAAGGGUCACCCUCCCAGCCUAGUCAACUCCAGUGAGCGUUUAUGUGAGAAAAAAUUUGACCCCUUUUCCCCAAGCACUAGCAUAUGCUAUGAUUGUCUAAAACAGCCGUUACGCAUGCUCUAAUUGCCUCGAUGGCUUUCACAGAGUUAACCUGGCUGGGCGAGCCAAAGGUGAAAAGGAGGGUAGGGGGUUGACCUUACCGUCACAAAAGAAUGACCUGGCCAGGUGGGUCACCCUUCUAGCCAAGCCAACUCGUUCGUUUUGUAAGGAAAUGUAUGAAAAGUCAGCUCUUUCAGGGUAGCUCAGGUAGGCGGCGGGUGACCCAUCUACCAGUAACAACUUUCCUCUAUAGAAACAGGACCUUAGAUCACCCAGUCAGUGAUACAUCGUUUUUCAAACCAAUAACAUGACUGAGAAGCGAUGCAAACGAUUCCAGAAACGCUUAAUGCUGUGCAAGAGAGAAACCUGUGCUCGAAAGUGGAAAAAUAUUUGAUGAGGAGUUACUUAACUUUGAAGUCCCUACCAUCUUUUCCUAAUUACCCAUCCUGCACUCUGCAAGAGUGUGAAUUUAUCUAUACCCAAGGGAUACAGUUCCCUGUUAUCGCUGCUCUUGGGCUGAAAUGAUUGAUAACAUUGUAAUAAUAUUGAUUCACUAGAGGGUAUUCUCUUGUAUCCUAAAUUUUGUGUAGGACAAAGACAUUUCAUCUGUGGAUACAGUAUUCAAAAUUCCUACUACGGAGAAACUUAAAGGAAGCUUGAACACAACACUGUUUUUUCCAUCACCCUCACUAGCUUGCUUAUCAGAUGGGUGUGGGAAGCUGUUCUUGCUUCAAACAGAUGGCAGAACAAAGGAAGACUCUCAGAAUGUGCCUUGGAAAGUAGCAAUGGUGUAUCAAUUCAAUCGUCCAUCACUUAUCCUUCACACCACUCAUUGUAAAGAAACAGGAUCUGUAAGCUGUUUGUUAUUGAGUAUCACUGAUAAUGAUACUUCCACCUCAGUCAAAGAUACCCAUGUUGUUCAUUUGGAGUUGAUUACAUUAUCUCAAGUGAAGUGUUUGUCAUCAGGGUCCAUCAAUUACAUCUGUGAGGAGAUACAACAUUUCACAGGUUACACUGCACCCAUGUAUGCUGCUAUUGAGCCUGGUCGUACUGCCAUCUUGGUGGCUAGUGAAAAGUCUUUCUCUCUCGUAAAAGGUAUUGUUAGACUUUUGUAUUGUUCGGAGCAGAAAAACACUCUGAAACAACUUGCCCACUGGGCUAGUCACUUUGAAUUUUUCCUUGCCCCAACCUAAAUUCUACUUGCCUUAUUGCUGUAGCCUUACUGUGAAUCAGAUUAGGUGAUUCUAAAAAAUUUCCAUACCAUACUGGUAACAGCUUUCUUUUCAGAAUUUCCAGGGCUAGCGGGUGUACCUUAAACUGGAAAUUUGAAAGCAUGGAGAUACUUAUGAUUAGAAUUCUGAAGUCAUUGAGGGUGGGGGUUAAUAUCUGGAAUUUCCACAAGGGAUCGACUAAGGUGUACUCCUUGACAACGUUUACUUUAUGGACUUAAUUAGUUCACAAAUAAGAAUUUGUGAAAAUUUUUGGACCUUCUAGUAAACAACACUCUUGGAAAUUCAAGUAAAGGAAAAUGCAUCAUCUUUCAAAAUCUUUCAGCUUAUGAAGAACUGCCUCCAGCUCAAGAUGCUGAGGAGAAAGCAAAUAAUCAGCAAAACAAUUCAAGGAUCCAGGCAUACAAGUGGUCGCAGGAUAAUGAAGACGUAACCCUGAAAUUUGAAGUCGCUGAUGGGACUACAAAAGAAUCAAUAGUCUGUGAAAUAAAGACUGAUUCCAUGAGUAUUCGGAUAGGUGAAGAUAUCUUGUUAAGUGGUAUGCUAUUUGCAAAGGUGAAAUCCGAGGAAAGCACAUGGACUUUGGACAAGAACAGGUACUUGGGGCUUUUGAUAUUAUUUCUUAGUCUUUUUUCUGUAUGAGCUUUGCACUUUGAAAGUGUGUUUGUGUGUAACAACUUUUCAGUUGGUGUAUUACCUUUGGUGUUUGAGGUAAGUUUGACGUUGCUUUUCAAAAAGAUGUGUCUUGCAGUAGCAUUCUUUUCAGUUUUGAAACCAUUGGUUUCUUGAGUCCCCUGAUCAUUAGUAGCCUAUACAGUGUAGACUGUUUAUUUUUUGCUGACCCUUUGGAUUUUGAGGGAUUUUAAUCACAACCUCUUUUGUGCUGUUGUUAGUUUGGAGGUAGUCCUUGUGAAACAAGCUGAGGAGCAUCACUGGAGCAGUGUUGUUAAGGGUGAUGACAGAGGAGAGUAUGUGCUGAUUGGAGAAGAAGCAGAGAGGGUGAAAGAGAUUCACAGCCGGCUGGAGCACCUUACAUCUGAUAAACUGGUAACUAAUAGUAUUGGCUGAUUUCAAACCGAGAGUGGCUGGGAUUACCAACACAAGACCCAAAUAGCAGAAAGAGCUAGUGACAUCAAGGUUUACAAAAUACUCAACAUUGAUGAUAAUUGGGUUCAAUAAUGAAGAUUUGCCAAUAAUUAUAUCAGGGGCACCCAAUGACUGUUUUUGUAAAUAUAUGUUCGGAGAAGCAAAUACUGCCUAGAAUUUUCUUUUACUUGAGGACAACUAAUAAUUUCUAGAUGACCGUUCAAUUCAUGAACAAUUUUCGAAGUUUAUCUUAUAAAUUCCCUAUGAUUUUCUGAAGUUCAAUUUUUCUGACAUAUGACUGCCCAGGUUAGGCUGUAUUUUGUUCAAAAAAUGAAACAUAGUAUUUUUGGAUUAAAAAAUGGGAUGGAGAGAGGAGUGAGAAAAAUUCUCACUUUUGUAAUACAUUAAAUUGCAUCCAAAAUUUUUGGGAAAACAAUACUGAAGCCCUUGUAGUAUUCGAAGAGAGUCAAGUUCCCCUAGGAUGACCGAACAGGUACAAAUUUUAUAUAGCCACUUAGAAUGCAUUUCUAGAGAUCUAAAAGUACUCUGGAUAGCCUAAAAAGUGUUUUUGAUGCGUUAGGAGGAAACCGUCAUUCAACCUCGUUCCCAGGGUUCUCUCCUACCCGCCCUACGGAGCGAGAGAGAGAGACCCUGGAAAAUGCUGGUCACGUGUCAGCCAGAAUCUGGGAGAUUACAAACAAAAGAUUUGGGGGAGGGGCAGGCAAGUGUGAGAUUUGUCUCCACAGAGCGUAGACAGGUCAGUGCAGCCAUGAAACUGUGUACCUGACCUGAUCUUGAACGCCCAAAAUAAUGCACAAAAUCCUUUGACAGCGAAAGCGUAACUUUCUGCAGAGUAUCUGGAUGUUAGUCACAUGUUUAUCAGCGACGCUUUCAUUUGGCACAUGCAACAGAAAUCGCGGAGGAUUCACCGUUUGUGCAGUCAAAAAUAAUUCAGGUAUCCUGGUCUGCCUGGUAGUAACAUUCAUACCGAAACGCACUAGAUUUGAAUUGCCGUAUCUAUAUGUUGUGGAGGCCACUUUAGAAAACAAAUGUACAGUAGCUGUACGUGUUUUCAAGACUACUAUUACGCAGGUUAUGUUGUCUGUUUUGUCUCUGUUUAUACUAGUUCCUGUUGUCUUCCAUGUCACGUUGGUAUAUAAUUAUCUUUAUCUUUGAUCUAUUUACCACUUUUCUAUUGCCGCAUCAUGACAAAGGUUUGGGGGAGGAAAAAGCUCACAUUUUAGGCUAUAGCUUUCCGUGAAGUCACUAGAUCUAAAAUAUUACUUUGAUCGUAAAUGUAUUAACUGAAUUCCUUGCUCUCAAUGUAACUGCCAUGUUUUGUCCCAGGGGUUUGUCACACCAAACCACUAAGACUGCAAAUGGUGUAGGUUUAUUUGGCCCGAUUACAAGCCGCUGUCAGACAAACAUUGAAAAUAUUAAUAUAGAAGUUCAGCAUACGGGGAUUUUACCUUCAAAAAAUUAACUCGCUUGUGUAUAACUCAAGAUCAUAGAUUUUUAGGGAUUGGUUUUCUUGGUUAAACCGGCGACAACGCUAGUUUUUGAUUCCUUCUCUGGUAAUUCACAUGUUUAUCUGAUAGUUCUGUUUAGGCAGAAAUUUCCCUUAGUUUCAGUUAUAGUUGUAGUAGGGUUAGCAAAUCUAUCUUGCUGUUGCGGUCACUGCGUGAACGUUGCGAAUAAACCAAACAAAAACAAUGUGAGACAAAGGACUCCUACCUCAGAAUUGAUUUUGUUCCGGAGCCUCGUGACCAGCAUUUUCCAGGGUCUCUCUCUCUCUCGCUCUGUAGGGCGGGUAGUCGAGAAGCCUGGGAACGAGGUUGACUGUCACUGGGUACCCCUGAUUAUUUGAUGUCGGAACAAUUGUCAGGCAUAUAUUUCUUUGUAAAUUUUCAAGUUAUUGAAAGGUUGUAUUUUGUUCAGUAUUGGCCUAAUUAACACCAAAGGUAAGGAUUUCGCAAACCUUGGUGACCCUCUUGAUGAACUAAACUAAUAUGUGUAUAAUUAUAAUUACCCUAAAUGGAUGAUUUGAGACAUACUAAAAGAUCAAUUUUUUUGCUUGAUCAAUCUUCAGGUGGAGGAUUCACGAGAGAACAAGAUGUCUUUUACAGAUCAACAGUUAGAAGAAUGUGAUGCAUUUCCAGAGGAUGUCGAGUACAUAUUCAGACUGGACGUUAAGACUGGAGAAGUAACUCAUAAGGUAAGUCAAUAAACUUUAAUCUCUGAUAUUAUUAUUAUUAUUAUUAUUAUUAUUAUUAUUAUUAUUAUCAUUGUCUAUUUAGUUCUGAGCUCUGGCUGUUCUCCUUCUAACCUACAUCCCAAGAGAGCGAGUCAUAGUCAAUGACCAGGGGUCCCUUGGGGACACUCUCCUAUAGCCUGUUCCAGGCUCUUAGGUAGUGGGGAAGACACGAAAGUAAAAGGCAUUUGAAAAGUUGGCGGGGCGAAAAAGAGGAAAAGGAAGGGAAAGAGCCGCCCCUGCUCUCCCCAGUUUCCUUUCGUUUUAUUUUCAUAUUUGCACUUUCUCAAUUCAGUGGGCCCGACUAUCUCGGAGCCUGGAACAGGCUAACUCUCCUGAUACUUUGAAGUCAAGCACCCUCCUCAGCAUCCUGGUCGUUCCUAAUAGCGUAGUUUUCUGUAGCAGUCCAAUCCUAACCCUGAUCCCCAGUUUUUUUAUCCAUCGCCCAAGUUUCUUCGUAACACUUCCAAGGACCCCUACAACAACAGGUACCACUUCCACGUUUUUCACAUGCCACAUUUGCCUAAUUUAUCUCUACAAUUCCAGAUAUCUUUGAACUUCUUCCAAUCAUUAUACUAGAAAAAACCAAAUGUUAUGGAACGCGGGUGACAACGAUUGAAAGUCAAAAUGCUUUUGCUCCAUCGUUGUGCGUUGCAGAAGUUUCACGUGACAGAUAGUCUAAAAGCGUUGAUCAAAUUGCAUUCUGUGCAUUCCAUUCAUUCUUAGUGGAAAUCCAAAUGAAUGCUGGCUACAUACAUGCGACACGUGUAAUAACAACCUGGAGAUUAGGAUUGCGGGCUCCCUGAGUCACCCGCAAUUAUUAUUGUUGUUAUUAUUAUUAUUUUAUUACUAUCAUGGAUAGCAAUGUAAUGUUUAUUGAAAUGUUGCCCGCUUCAAAGGUAUUAAAGGUUUGCAUCUCUAAUAUUUCAAACUUUAUUUCACAUUAGGUUUGCCUAGCAAUUCACCAGUGGAUAUUCAAUGCCUCACUAGACCCAAACCUUCCUCCAGCUUUCUGUAUACGCCAUGAUGUUGAUGCUCUUCUCUGGCAACCCAAGUCUCACUCCAGCAAUGAGGACAACUGGGUGCACACUGGAACAUUUAAUGCGCUUGGUUACGUACAGGCAGCUAAACGUGAUAGAAAGUUCUCUACUUGUGCUCCAGAUAUGUCCUUUGCGACACUGUGUGAUUGUACCAGGCACGUUUACAUUUACCGACAACCUGAACAAGGAGCUAAGCAUGCCAGCCAACAUGUAGUGACACUGACAACUUCUGAUAAUGAAAUCUUGGGGCUUCAAGCCUCAAAUGGAAAAGUUUUUGUCUUGACUAAACAAAGUUUGCAUGUUAUUACUGUUAACUAAAAACAAAUUCUUUUAGGUAGCUUUGUAACUGUUAGGAAACAUCAAUCCCCAGCGGUGAAGUUAAGUUGCCACUUAAUUAAGUUUCUUUUAUGUAAGAAAAAACAACAACAACAGCAACAAACCUCUUCUGGUCACUUUGUAAUACUUCUAUAGAAAGAAAACAAGAUUGACUUUCAGAAGUUGAAAUCUGAAGUUAACAAGACUGAAACCAAUGGCCAUUUUAUUGCUAUGAUGCGGGGAAUUUGUUUCUUUUUUUAUAUACCUUUAAAAUGGUAGGGUAGUAAAAAAUACAUGUUUAUAAAUAUACAUAUGACAAUAAAAUUGUCCAUAGUUAAUUGUUCAUGA